AUGCAAUGUCUCAUAUCAGCGUUUGUGUUAAUACUUGUAGGUGUAAGCUAUAUUUUCGUGGUUAAUGCUAUAAUAAUUCCUGGUAAUGGUGUUCUUCAACCAGGAUUACAUUAUCAACGUUAUCGUCAAAAUGAAUAUAAGAAAUAUCGUCCGUAUUAUCAAUGGUGGUACUAUUGGCUUCGUGAUACUGUAAAUGAUCGUCACUUUGCUAUCGCAUAUGGUACUACAUUGUGUUAUAAAACUGACGUAAAAUCUUGUGUUUAUGAUGGUGCUGCCGUCAGUUUUUCAGUCGUCGACAAUAAACAAAACUAUAGAAUGCAAAAGUACGAAUUCUAUGAUAGAAAUAGAUUUAUUGUUAAUGGAACAUUCAAUUUCAAAAUUCUUUCUAAUACAAAUGAAACUCUUUUUGAAAUUUUACCACUUAAUGAUGAUAAGUUUCAAAUUCGAGGACAUAUGAAAAAAGAAAAUGUUAAUAACGUAUGGAUACAUGAAGGUUGUCCGAAGGAUAUAGAAAUUGAGUGGGAUUUAACACUAACUAGAAUCUAUGGAUGGUAUGCACAAGAUAUAUUUGAAGGUCCUGAUAGAUUUCUAGAAGGUGUUAUCAUGUGGAAUACAUAUUCUCAUACUGCUGAAGUUGAAGGAAAACUGACAAUUAAAGGUGAUGAUGUGAUUAUAAAGAAAGAUGCUGGUUUUAGAGCUUAUGGUGAUUCGAAUUGGGGUGAACUUAUGCCUUCUUCUCCACCAAAACAAAAACCAAGUGCAAAAUAUGCAUGGGGAUGGUACUAUGUAAACAUUCCGUCUGAUGAUAAAUUUCAAGAACUUAGUAUUAUUGCAGGAACUGGUCUUAGUUAUAUGGAUGCAAUACUACGAACAAUGGAUGGUCGUUUUUGUGAUAUACGUUUAGAUGGAAAAACACAUAUAGAAUUAAGAGUAAUGGAAGUCUGGGAUAUGUCAUUUGAAUCAUGUAAUGAUGGGAAAGUACAUCGAUUUGAUGUGGAACGUAGUAAUUGGGUUAAUUUUACUGAUUCGUUUGGUAAUGCGACUAUACCACUUCGUCAACUUGUUACACUAGAAAGUGACAGUUAUUUAAUUACGAUGGAUUUUAAUGCUGUUGCCAACAAUUUUAAUCGGUUAUUAUUUACCUUCAUUGACUAUGUAUUCUCAGAUUUCGAAGGUUUAGGUGUAUCAAUAGAUUUGUUAAUCAUUGAAAAGACAACUGGAAAAACAUUAAGAAAUGAAACUCUGAAAAGUGGUGGUGUAGAAUAUGGUUAUCUAUUUGAUAUAACUGUACCACCUCUUCCUAAAUAA